AACAAAGAAAUGGAAAGGAAAGUAGAAGACCUUAUAUAUGAUCAUGGCUAUAAAGUAAUAUGUACAGAUUGUGUCCAUCCUUGAAACACUUCGUCUUGCUUCAAAGCAAUGUCGAGCCGUGUGCCAUAGUUUUCUUACCUAAUUCAUCUCCAAGUGUGAUGGGAUCAUGUGACUCCAGUUAAACAAAACACUAGUGUUUGGGUAGUUUAUAUGAUUGAUAAAUGUGUAGAGGCAUAAACAUCUUUCAGAUAUUCUCUUCCUAAAUUUUGCUUCUCUUGCUUUCUCUGAGGUGUUGUCAAAAGGAAGCAAGUAGCAGGCCAGAGAAGACUUACCAGAAAAGGGAUGAGAAAGAGAGACAGAAUUGAAGCAAAAGCAAUGUGAGAAGGUACAAUAAGAGGAAAUUGGAAGUGAAAUUGGAAUCGUGACAAAUGCAGAAAAUGAAGAGCCUUGGGGGAAAUGGCAGCAGUGGGAGGCUAUCCAUGGAGGAGAAUGAGGAUGAAGAGACUUCGAGACUGGCCAUAUUAACCUUCCAAGCUAGAGAAGAGGAGAUUGAGAGGAAGAAGAUGGAAGUGAAGGAGAGGGUUGAACUUCAAUUAGGUCGUGCGGAGGAAGAAACUAGGCGCUUGGCACAAAUUUGGGAAGAGCUUGAAGCAAUGGCAGAUCCGAUGAGGAAGGAACUUGCAAAUGUAAGGAAGAAAAUCGACAUGGUUAAUCGAGAGCUGAAGCCCUUGGGACUCAGCUGCCAGAAGAAGGAAAAAGAAUACAAGGAAGUCCUGGAGAGCUUCAAUGAAAAGAACAAAGAAAAGUCUCAACUUGUAACCACAAUGAUGGAGCUUCUGACUGAGAGUGAGAGGUUGAGGAUGCAAAAGCUAGAGGAGCUGAGCAAGAACAUAGAACUAUCACAUUAAUUGAAACGCCCUGAUGCUUCAGUGGACUACCUUCUAAUUUCUAUAUGCUAUUCUUUUUCCUUAGAUAAAUACUAUUAUUAUCUUUUUGAAUGAGCAA